GUGGGAUGAUUCCUCAUAAUACUCUCCAGCAAAAUACCUGAAUUUUACGUGGAACUGAGCAUCAUCUAAAUUUUUUUAAAGCUACUAGUUAGAACCAUACUUUUUAUCUCCCGUGAGCUUGAGGAAUGAGGACCAUAGCUAAGACGAUUGAUUUUUUUAGUGGUUUCUUUUUGUUUCCGUCCAAAGGGAAGCUACAUUUUUUUUUGAGCAACAAGGGAAGCUACCUUUUUUCGCCAGUUUAUGGCCCAGCUAGUACUGCAAUAGAGGCCCACGAAUAGAUUGACCAGGCCGAAUAGAGAUAUAGGCUUCUAAACCCUCGCCACACCUUGUGCGAGAUUCCAUUUCCACUUUUCACCCGAAACCCCAGCCAUGGCGAUCGCCGCGGAUUCCACCGCCGAGCAAGCCCCGAACCCUGCUCCCCACGAGCCUUCGGACGAGCCCCGCAAGGCUCCCGACCAGCCCGACCGUGGCGAGGACAAUGGGGUCGACUUCGACGAGGAGGAGGACGAUGCAGAGGAGCUGGACGGGCCGCCGGCGUACAAGGAGAAGGUGAAGGCCGUCUUCCGUCGCCUGCACGCCGAGCCCGUCGGCAUCCGCGUCCACGACGUCAUCAUCAGGGGCAAUUUCAAGACCCGCGGCUCCCUCAUCGAGGCGGAGGUCGCCGACCUGCUCCGCUCUGCCGGCACCGUGCAGGGCCUGGUGCGCGCCUCCAGCCAUGCCAACGCGCUGCUGCGCCGCCUCGACGUGUUCGACUCCGUCUCCAUCACCCUCGGCGCAGGCCCGCCCGAGUUCCCCGGUACUGCAAUCGUCACCAUCCAAGUCGUGGAGGCGGCCAGACCCUACAAUCGUGGCAUCUUCUUCUUCCCCAAGAAAGAGGUAAUAUCAUGGCCAGUUGAAGGAUGGUUCAUGUUGAAGAACCUAUUUGGUUAUGGGGACAUGUGGAAUGUUUCAGGAGAAUAUGGUUGGGAUCAGUCAUCAAAGAUAGACAUUGGAGUGUACCUGCCAAGAUUGAAAUCAAUACCAACACCUUUGACGGCUCGGGCAUCAAUCCUUUCCGAAGAUUGGCUGAAGUUUUCAUCAUACAAGCAGCGUCUUCUUGGCCUUAAGUUUGGUUUGCUUUCAACCUGGCACCAUAACUUGUCUUACGAUCUGGCAUGGCGUACCUUAACUGAUCCCUCACAAAUGGCAUCAGAAUCCAUAAGGAGGCAGUUAGGACAUAAUCUGCUUUCUGCACUGAGUUAUGCAUAUAAAAUAGAUAAAAGAGAUUCAGAAUUCCGGCCAACAAAAGGAUAUGCAUUUGUCUCAACUUCUCAAGUUGGCGGUCUAUGGAAAAAUGGGCUAAGAUUCUUCCGCCAGGAGUUUGAUGGUCGCGGCGCUGUUCCACUCGGUUUUUGCAAUGCUGCCCUUAAUGUUGGCAUAUCAGCAGGGGUGAUUCUACCUUUGAGCAGAGGAUUUAUGGAAUUGUCUUCACCUGUCCCUGAUAGAUUUUACCUUGGAGGUCUUUCUUCCCCUGUAUGCAGCCUUGGUGUGAUAUCAUCUCUGUUGGGUUUCAAAACAAGAGGAGUUGGCCCAUCCGAACCACGGAGAUCUGUCCCAGGCGAGUCAGACGCUGCUGCCUCUACAGGGAGGGAUUACUUGGGAGGCGAUCUUGCUGUUUCUGCAUUUGCUGAUCUAUCCUUUGAUUUGCCCCUAAAGCUGUUCAGAGAUAAUGGAAUUCAUGGUCAUGCAUUUCUUUGUGCUGGAAAUCUUGCCAAGUUAUCUGAGGGUGAGUUUAAGAAUUUCUCAUUCCCUGAGUUUCGGCGCACAUUCAGAAGCUCUGCUGGUGUUGGCAUUGUCUUUCCAACCUCACUUUUCCGGAUCGAGUUAAAUUACUGCCAUAUCUUGAAGAAACAUGAACAUGAUCAUGGAAAGAGUGGAAUUCAGUUCAGCUUCUCCUUGGAGUAGAUGUUAGAUAGUGGAGCAACAUUUUUGACCUGUUGAAGAAUAUUGCGUCCUAUUGCACUGAACCAUUUAUCUUCGUUGCUGAGUCAGCUGUUUAACAAGUACUCCCUCCGUCUGAAAAAGCUUGUCCCUCAAAUGGAUGUAUCACCAAGUUAGUGUUAGACUCAUCCAUUUGAAAGACAAGCUUGGGACAAGCUUUCUCGGACGGAGGGAGUAGGAGACUAGUUGAUCCGUCAUCCGAUAUAUUUGACAUCUCGUGGUAUGAUCGAGAACUGGAAGGGUGUUGGGUGCUGUAUUAAAUUUAUUCGAUUUCACGGUGUUGCCAUGUUUUGAAGUUGUCUUAUUGGCUCGGUAGAGAUUACGCUGUUGCUUUAAAUUGUGAUGGUUGGUACUGGAUAGAAUAUUACAUGCUGUUAUGUUGGCAGGAGUUUUACACAAUGGAGUUGGGAGGCCCUGCUACUUGUAUGCAUGCUUUUUAUUCUGACCAUUUUGACUGAUAUGUGUGUGCUCUAUAGAAUAGUGCGUGUUGGCUAGUGUUGAGUGGUGCAAGUCUGAAGAAAAGCUCCAGUGUCAGGCUGCGCAAACAGCUGGUGAACUGAGCAGAAAUCAGUUGCACAUCUCAUCAGGGUUCUUUGGUUUCUCAGGGUUUUUGUUUUGUUUUGAAAAAGCUAUCUGUUUCUUGUUUCCCGCACCUCAAAUGCACAUGAAGCCUCGUUGAUAUGUUGAUUCAUCUGAUCCACUAUGGUCAUGGUCACUCUGUUUGCUACUCCCUCUGUCCCAUAAUAUAAGAGCGUUUUUUAACUAGUA